AUGAAUUACAUAAUUUUGGGAUUAGCUCACUUGCUAUUAUUUAUAAUUGGAAGCUGUAAAUGUGCAUCUUACCUCACAAAGUCAGCUAAUCUUAUUAAUGUAGCUAGAGCAGCAAAACAAAUUAAAGGGCCUUUAUCUGAUGUUAAAAGUAUAAAUACUCAGGUAUUAGUUAACUAUGGACCAGUUUCUUCUGCAAUUGAUACAAGAAGUGUAAAAAUGUCUACACAGUUUUUUGGUCCACAAGUUCAAGCAGAUAUUCCACCAUUACCUAGAAUAGAUCGUGCUGAUUUUACAAGAUUUCUCCAUGCACCUGCAGAUUUGAAUUUAGUUGGGGUUGAAGAAGCUUGGGAUGAUACAACUCAUCAAGUUGUUAUUUCUACUGAAGGUGAUAUUGAGUAUAAUGUGAAAAGUAAAUUAAGAGUUGAAAUGCUGAAAAAGCGUGGAUAUUCCGUCAGAGUCGGGAAAAUUGAUGAAGUUCAUGCAAUUAGAAUUAGGCCAGAUUAUAAUCCCGAAAAAUAUAUGGUGAACUAUCCAGGUGGACAAUUUGUAGUGCCAACAGUUGAUGAAAAGGGGAAACCUUUACCAGAAGGGCAUAUUCAAGCUUUAAUGUCUAGGGUUACUCAAUUUGACACUCAAACGAUGCUUGGUCCUUAUCCAUCAACUGUAGGGGAUUAUUUAAAAGGCAGAUAUACAAGUCAGACAAUGAUACCAGAGAUGGGCAAUUUAAAUGCUGGUUCAGGUUUUCCAUUGUUUAUGGGACCAAUGAGUGGUGGAGCAUUUCCUUUCAGUAAUACUGAGAAAACAGGACAAUCAGAAUUGAAAUUACCAGGUUAUGGAGUCGGUCCUGGUUUUAUUGGAAAAACUGGCUUGUAUAUGCCAGGGAGUUUUUCAAAUAUUCGUCAAUAUCUGGAUGAAAGUGAUCCUAAUUUUCCAUUUCUUGUUGUUUGGGACCCAAAAAAACUUUCUGCUUCUUUGACAUCUCCAGAAGAUAUAAAUCCUAAAUAUGAAAAAUUUGAAAAAGUUAAAACAGGUGGUCAUAAAAUGUGGAUAUCAUCACGUGGUAGAAUAAGCCUUGAGGUUCAAGGAAGAGCAUUAGAUCUUGCAAUUCGUGGUUAUAGGGUAUUCAUUAUGCCUCCAAUUAAUUUUGUUUCAACACCAGAUUUUCCUGGAUUAGCUUCACUUUCUAAUAUAGUUCCAAAUAUUGAAGGGAUUUUAUUAACUCCUGAUAAUGAUUCUUCAAGAUGGCCAUUAAUGGGUUUGAGGUUUCAAUCCGGUGAUUUAAUAGUAGAAGCUGUAGGAUGGCAGGGAAGUAAUAUGUUACCUCCUAUAUUGACUGAAAGUAUUUUACUAUUAAGUAAAUUUAAUCCACAAAGAGUAAUUAUUAAAGAUAUUACUGGGUCAUUUUGGCAAGUAUCAGGACCUCACAAAGCCAAAUUAUUGCAGAAUUUUGUUUUACCACCAAUUGCAAAACCAGGAUUUUCAACAUCUAUGCCUCAGUUUACUUCUGGUAAAGGUCCUGGUAACCGUGGAAAUCGUUUCGGUCGUUUUAAAAAAAGAAUGACAAGUGGAGUUGCAAUUUGGGGAAGGUCUGCUGCUGAUAUUGGCCCUAAUAUGAUAUCACCUGGAAGUAGACAUGGUGCUACUGAUACUGGUAGAUUAAUGCCAAUUAAACCUGUUGGUCUUUUUAGAGACACCAAUGAAUGUGUAGCUCUUCAGAAAUAUGGUAGAGAACCUUAUAAACUUGGCUUAAUAACCACUUUAGGGGCUGGUAAACUUUAUGAUAUGGCUGUUGCAACAACACUUGCAUUACGUGAACAUUUUGGUUUUAUAUUUGUAGAAGAUGUUUGCUUAUCAUUAAGAAUAAUGGUUACUAUGUAUGAUGAAAUGCGCAAUAAUAUUCAAUGUACUAAUGUAUUUAAGGCUGUAUUAAGUUUUAUUAAUAAUAGUUAUUUUGAUAAUUUUCUGAAAAAAGAUAUUUGCCAAGAUAUACUCAAGAUGCCAGUAUUGCCAUCAGUAGAUCUAAGACCUAUUAAUCUAGCAAUACUUGAUCCUCGUCAAAUAGCUAUUUAUUAUAAUCUAGAAUCAUUUCCUAAAGUUGCUCCUUACACUGCUCGUCUAUUAGGUAAUGGUGUUUAUCAAUCAGCAGCUCUUCAGGAAGCUAUUAGCUCUUCUAAGCUUUCACAUGGCAUUGAUAAGGAAAUUUACAGGGAUGUAUGCUCUGAAGUUUGUUAUACUUUGCAGGAAAUCAGUCCAUUUGAGAUUGCAACAGCAGAGCAGUGUAUAGAAUCUAUUCGAGCAGUAUUUGGUCUUCAUUAUAAAAAUUGGGAAGUUGUAUCUGACCAAGAUCUUAUGGAUAUUUGCAUUAAGUCUGGUUACAAAUCAGAUAUCUCUAAAGAUAUCAUUGGAUUUAGUAAAAUCCGUGAAAUAUUUUUAUUGGAUAAGGAAGAUGCAGUUCUAAGGCCUUAUCGUUUCCCAGAUAUUGGUAUAAUGGAAUCUAAAAUGAAAACUUAUAAAUAUUGGUGCAAAAAGAUCACAAGUGAAGGGAAAUGUGUUGCAUCUGAUCUAGCUAAGAAGUGUAAUGGAUUAUCUGUUAUUAGUAUUAAUAGAGCUCAACUUCUAGCAUAUGUUGUUGAAAAGUUCAUGUUAAAGAUGAAGUCUAAGGGAUUUCCUAAUGCAACAACAAAUAUGAUGUGCAGUAUUUUCACUUCAAAAACCACUGGUAUUGAUAUUGAAGUGGCUGAUAUAAAAAAUAGUAAAUUAGAUACAAUUUAUCCUCCAUUUUUUGAUCAUAAUGUGGAGAUUUUUUUAAAAUAUUACAAAAGUCUUGAAAAUAAAUUUAUGAGAAAUAGAAAAUCUGGUAGUAUCUUCGAAGCUUUCAGUAAAGAACACAACAAAAUAAGCAAUACUGAUAAAUUAUUAGUUAGAUCUUGUAAAAGUGAGGAUUCUGAAGACUCUGAAUACGUUGAGAGUUCUGAGAGUUCUGGGAAUUCUGAGAGUUCUGGGAAUUCUGAGAGUUCUGGGAAUUCUGAGAGUUCUGAGAGUUCUGAGAGUUCUGAGAGUUCUGAGAGUUCUGAGAGUUCUGAGAGUUCUGAGAGUUCUGGGAAUUCUGGAAGUUCAAAUAAAUCUAGUUAG